AUGGGCAAAAGUGGGCAUGCAGCAGGCAAACCCAGUAAUGCUACAGGUCCCUUGUCCUCAUCUACAAAAAAUUAUGUGUACUUUGAGAACUCGUCCAGCAAUCCUUACUUGAUCCGCAGAAUAGAAGAGCUCAACAAGACAGCCAAUGGCAAUGUGGAGGCGAAGGUGGUGUGUCUGUUCAGGAGGCGAGACAUCUCAGGCAACCUCAACACUCUGGCUGACAGCAAUGCAAGAGAGUUUGAGGAGGAGUCGAAGCAGCCGGUGCUGUCUGAACAACAGAAGCACCAGCUCAAGCACAGAGAACUCUUCCUAUCUCGACAGUUUGAAUCACUACCUGCUACUCACAUACGGGGGAAAUGUAACGUCACCCUGCUCAAUGAAACAGAUGUGCUGGCCGGCUACCUUGAGAAAGAGGACUGUUUUUUCUACUCGUUGGUAUUUGACCCAGUUCAGAAGACCCUGCUGGCAGACCAGGGCGAGAUCCGGGUGGGCUCUAAGUACCAGGCUGAGAUCCCUGACAAGCUAGCUGAGGGUGAAUCAGAUAACCGGGUCCAGGAGAAGCUGGAGACCAAGGUGUGGGACCCCAACAACCAACUCAAAGACCCUCAGAUCGACCAGUUCCUGGUGGUGGCAAGAGCUGUGGGCACAUUUGCUCGGGCCCUGGACUGUAGCAGCUCCAUCCGCCAGCCAAGCCUCCAUAUGAGUGCAGCUGCAGCCUCCAGAGACAUCACAUUGUUCCAUGCUAUGGACACAUUGCAGAAGAACAACUACGAUCUGGCCAAAGCUAUGUCCACCCUGGUUCCUCAGGGGGGGCCAGUGCUCUGCCGCGAUGAGAUGGAGGAGUGGAGCGCCUCAGAGGCCAUGCUGUUUGAGGAGGCCCUGGAGAAAUAUGGCAAAGACUUCAACGACAUCCGUCAGGACUUUCUGCCCUGGAAGUCUCUUGCCAGUGUGGUCCAGUUCUACUACAUGUGGAAGACUACUGAUCGCUACAUCCAACAGAAACGACUAAAGGCAGCAGAGGCAGACAGCAAGCUGAAGCAGGUGUACAUUCCCACCUACACCAAACCCAACCCCAACCAGAUCCCGGUGCCUGGCAGCAAGCCUGGUAUGAACGGAGCAGCAGGCUUUCAGAAAGGACUCAGCUGUGAGAGCUGCCACACGGCCCAGUCUCCUCAGUGGUAUUCCUGGGGGCCUCCCAACAUGCAGUGCAGACUGUGUGCCUCCUGCUGGAUUUACUGGAAGAAAUAUGGAGGCCUGAAGACUCCCACACAGCUAGAGGGCGCCACUAGAGUUGGCUCUGAGACAGGUCCCCGUGCUCACAUGACAAGGCAGGAGGUGCAGGGCUUGUCGCCGUUCACCCGUAACGAGGGUCGAGCCAAGCUGCUGGCCAAGAAUCGGCAGACGUUCAUCCUGCAGACCACCAAGCUGACCCGCAUCGCUCGGCGGGUGUGUGAGGACAUCCUGCAGCCUCGCCGUGCUGCACGGCGGCCCUACGCAUCCAUUAACGCCAACGCUGUCAAGGCUGAGUGUAUGAUCAGGCUGCCCAAAGCCACAAAAACUCCUCCGAAAAGCAAGCUGGUGCCUCGACAGUCGCUGGCCACUAUAGUGAAGGAUUUAGCUAUCUCAGCUCCUCUGAAACUGAAGGCAUCCAGAGGGCCCCCGACACCCAUCAACAGGAACCAGGCCAACCAGCCUCGAGUGGGCCAAAGCCUGCUGGGAAAGAGAGGGUUUGACAGCGCUACAGGGGUGCCCUACCCAGCCAACGGGAGGCCGUACACUUCAGGUAUGAGGACCACCACUCAGCCAGUCAUCAAGCGGCAGAAGGUCAGCCACGGGGAGGCACCCAACCCUGUGGUGUUUGUUGCUACAAAGGACACCAGGGCUCUGAGGAAACAUCUGACCCAGUCAGAAAUGCGCCGGGCAGCAAGAAAACCUCAUCUUCUGGUGCGGAUCAAGCUGCCGCCACCUCCCCGCAACCUAGCAAUGCCCCUGAUCCCCUCCAGCACCAGCGAACCCAUUGUCCUGGAGGACUGAAGGGGGAGGACGGAGGGGUCUUUUAAAAGGACAUGGGAGUUGGGGGAGGGUCUGUGUAGCCCAGUACACCAUACCAGUAGGUACCAGUAGGUGCGGCGUACUGGCCUGCUGCCUUUAUUUUCAACAUCAUUUUUCUUGAGUCCUCUGUUAUUUCCCAGAAGUUGAUGUGUCCAGCACACACACAAACACACAAAAGCACUUAGAUGACUGUACAUUUCUACAAUAUUAAAUAAGCAGACACUCACACCAACACACUGCCACUCACACACACACUUUGGGCUUUGUAGGGUGUUUUCUCCAGAUCCCAAAUUACCUUUUUUAUGCUGCCUGUUUUAAAUGUGUAAUUUAAAUCAAGAGAUUUUUCAUCCUGAAGCAAUGGAGAUGAAGCACACUUUGAUUUUUCCUCUACAUCUCUCUUUGUGUAAAUAUAUGCAUCAUUUAAGGGGUGACGCCAUGUGUAUGUGUGUGUGAGAGUGAAAUGGGA